AAAUCCAUCCGCAUUCAUCGUUUAUAAAUAACGUUGAAUUUAUGCAAGGACCACGCAAAUUUAGUAGCACCGCCACCGCUAUAUCUCCGAUUCCCCCAACUUCACCGCCGGCAUGUCUCCGGCAGCCGGAAUCCACGUCCCCCUCUUGCCGGAAUCCAGAGCACCGGCAACGCCAGCGUCUGUCCCCGGCGCCGUGGUCAAUGUGGCGACCAGCAUAAUCGGCGCCGGAAUCAUGUCAAUCCCGGCGAUCAUGAAGGUUCUCGGUGUGUUUCCCGCUAUAGCCAUGAUUCUCGUAGUGGCGGUGCUUGCCGAAGUUUCCGUUGACUUCCUCAUGCGGUUUACUCACACCGGCGAAACGACGACGUACGCCGGCGUCAUGAGGGAAGCGUUCGGGCCACCGGGAGCGCUAGCUGCGCAAAUCUGUGUCAUAAUCACCAACGUUGGGGGUUUAAUUCUCUACCUUAUUAUCAUUGCGGAUGUGCUCUCCGGAAAGCAUGAUGGAGAUGAAGUGCAUCUGGGCAUUUUGCAACAGUGGUUUGGAAUUCAGUGGUGGAAUUCCCGGGAAAUUGCUUUGCUCUUCACCUUGGUCUUUGUUAUGCUUCCAUUGGUCUUGUACAAACGUGUAGAGUCCUUGAAGUACAGUUCUGCAGUGUCAACUCUUCUUGCAGUGGCUUUUGUUGGCAUAUGUUGUGGCUUGGCUAUCGCUGCUCUGGUGCAAGGAAAAACACAAACUCCUAGAUUGUUUCCUCAGUUUGACUACCAAACCUCCUUCUUUGAUCUGUUCACUACUGUCCCUGUUGUUGUCACGGCUUUCACAUUUCAUUUUAAUGUGCAUCCCAUUGGGUUUGAGCUUGGCAAGCCAUCCGACAUGACAACAGCUGUUCGAUUAGCAUUAUUGCUUUGUGCUGUUAUCUACCUUACAAUAGGUCUAUUUGGUUACCUGUUAUUUGGGGAUUCAACUCAAUCAGACAUUCUCAUCAAUUUUGACCAGAGUGAUGAUUCCGUGGUUGGUUCCUUGUUCAAUAGUUUGGUCCGUGUAAGUUAUGCACUCCACAUCAUGCUGGUGUUCCCCCUCGUGAACUUCUCUUUGAGAGCCAACAUAGAUGAAGUUCUCUUCCCCAAGAAGCCUCUGCUAGCCACAGACAACAAAAGAUUUGUGAUCCUCUCUUUGGUGCUGCUAGUCUUCUCUUACCUUGCUGCUAUUACAAUCCCAGACAUUUGGUACUUCUUUCAGUUUCUGGGAUCAACAUCUGCAGUGUGCCUUGCCUUCAUUUUCCCUGGCUGCAUUGUUUUAAGGGAUGCUCAUGGUAUAUCAACGAGAAGGGACAAAAUUAUAGCACUGAUUAUGAUUAUACUAGCUGUGGUGACAAGUGUUAUAGCCAUUUCCACCAACAUAUUUAAUGCUUUUAGUAGCAAGUCAUAAAGUUGGUUUUCUUUAUUAAUUUGUGGAGAGGGGUACUCGAGAGAGAGUUACAAGCGCAUUUAUUUGUUGUGGGCUCGUGUUGCUUUGGUGUUUUUGGAUGCUUUGUUUGUUGUAGAAUGCAUAUAUCUUGAGCAACAUUAAUAUGUAAAAUACCAAAUAUUAAAGAAAUGAAAUCCAUAUAUCCAAUUAAUGGGUGGUUAGGAAAGUUUGGGACAUAUUUUAAAUGAUUGUGCCGUGCAAGGAUCUCAAUAUUGAUCGUUUGUGAGAGUCAAUUUAAUAUUUGUAGUUUGGAAUGGUGUGGGAAAUAUAAUAUUCCUAGCAUUUGG